CCACAUCUAUCAUGACAGUCCUUACGAAAGAAGAUAUAGAGAUUGCGACUCGGGCAGCCGACCAUUUCACGCGACUAUACUAUAGCACCUACGACUCCUCCACGCGCAUCGACGACCUGCCCAACUUCUAUCGCAGCAACUCAGCUUUAACAUGGAAUGGGACCCCCUAUGAGGGUAUAGAGGGUGUUCGUGAUCUCAUUACACGUAUGCCAAAGACAAAGCACGAAGUCCAGUCUUUCGAUUGCCAUCCUAUCCCAGGCAGUCAACCUCCGUCUCUUCUUAUAACAGUCUCUGGGACAGUGACUCAUGGAGGUGGACCGGCUGCUAAUCCAGCGUCGACGCCUGCGAAGUCCAUCGAAGGACACCCUCGCGUGUUCUCCCAGACAUUCAUGCUCGUGCCGGACGCGACGGCGGUUGCUGCUGCAGGGGAGGUUGCGAAGUACUACAUCAACGCAGAUUCUCUCAGAUUUGUUGGUUGACAGCGUCAGAGACGUCAAGGUGCGGUUUAUGGUAUCAAUUCAAUGGGAAUUUCCCGCACUAAACACAGAGCUUCCCGCUUAUCUACAGUGCGGCGGGCUACAAGAAGACACUUGCCAUCAAUAUCAAGGUUAACGCAAGGCAAUCGAGCCCCCAGACUAUCAGUCUACCACUCGAAUCAGAGCACAUCGAGAUGGGAAAGGAUCCCCAACGGUCCUGAGCGGCGGAAUAAUGAAGUGUCAUCGUUGAUGUAGCCUUUCCUUCCCUUACAUCCUUCCCCGACGAUCCGAAUGAGCAUCUGCUGUUGCACCUCAUUCAAAGCAAUGCAUUCCAUUUUGUCCAUAAAUAUCG